CGCUCCCUCAGGACGCCGUCGAACCUCUUCAUCCUGAACCUGGCCCUCAGCGACUUCUGCAUGGUGGGCAUCCUCGUCGUGUACGUCCACAACGCCUUCCACGACGGACCUGCGGCUGGCAAGUUCGGCUGCGACCUCUACGGCUUCGUGAGCGGCGUCGCGGGGACCACCUCCAUCAUGACGAUGUCCGCCAUCUCCCUGGACCGCUACCUCGUCAUUUCGUUCCCUCUCGACCCCUUCAAGAGGUUCUCCCACCGCCAGGUGCUGGUGAUAAUAAUAGCUACGUGGAUCUACAGCAGCAUCUUCUCAAGCAUUCCGCUACUUGGUAUUGUGGGCAUCAACUAUACUCCAGAAGGUUACCUCACGUCUUGCAGCUUCGACUACCUGUCCCACGCCACCAGGACGCGCAUCUACAUCUUCUCCUUCUUCAUCGCCGCUUGGCUUCUUCCGCUCAACAUCAUCUUCUUCAGCUACGUCUCCAUCGUUGUCACGGUGUCGAGGCAGGAGAGGCAGAACUACACCAGCCAGGGGAACGUCGGCAGUUCCUCCUUCAAGAACUUCAAGCACCAGAGCGUGAAGCGGAAGAAGAGCGUGGAGGAUGACACGUGGUCGCACUGUCACGCCUCUGAUGCCAGCGGCGACACUCCCACAUUGUCUGGGCACGGACUGACACUAACAGUACAAAGAUGUUGCACGACAUUGUGUAGCAGUGGAAUCCAGGCUCUGGGAUAG